AGCUGGGACCAGGCGCUUCAUGAUGCUUCCAAGUCGACAUUCAACCCUCGUUCGUGGGCUAUAUCUCCAAGGGCAUUGCUCUCUGCGGGAGAAAGCAGGUCCGAGAUGCGAUCAAAGCAUUUGACCUUGCAUCCAUGUUCACGGACGGAGAUAUCAAGGCCAAUCAUUUCCUUCUCUUGGUCAAGGCUGCCGCACUUUUCAAUGCAGAUCAACACGAGGAGGCAAUGAUGCGCGUCCAAGAGCUGGCUAAAGCUUGUCCGAGUGCUGAUACUCGUGCGUGUUGGAUUGUGAAGGCAUAUCUACAUGUUCAACUCGGAAACCAUGCCUCGGAUGAUGCGCGUCACAAAGAAGCUGCUAACCACUUUACUGCCGCUGUCAACACCAGCAGUUCCUUCUCUAAAUUAGCCAUUCAUUCCAAAUAUGAGGAUUUUGUCGUGCUCUUCGGGUGGGACCUCAAAUCCUUGUGGGAAACCGCAAAUAAGAAACGGUGCUUUGCACUCCUUCGGGCAAGAGAACUUGGAGAAGCCUCCGAAGCACACCGAUACAUGAUGGACAAAUGUGACGAAAGCACAAAAGCCAACUGCCUUGGUUGGUCCACUGAUUUCAGACAACAAUGCAGUGCGCUCUAUCAUGCUGACGGAGACGCCGCGUUCAGUGCUAGUGAUUACGACAAAGCUGUUACCCUAUACUCAGCGGCUAUCGACCUGGACGCUACAAGCGACACCAUCUUUAUAAAACGUUGUAAGGCAAAGUUGGAGAUGAAGUUAUGGGAGGACGCGCUUCUCGAUGCGCUAAAGGUCAAUGAACUCAACCCUUCGUCUCAUAUUGGAUACGAGGUGAAGCAUGCAGCGCUUCAUGGUGCACAACGCUAUGAUGCAUCCAUCGAGGCCUUCCAAACUAUGCUUCUUCAGUUAGAAAAUGCCCCAGAGACGCAAACACGACAAAUGCGCCAGCGGUAUCGCAGUUCAGCCGAAGUAGAACGUGAUAUGCGAGAGGUCAUUCACACUCAACUCGCCGACACCCCACUCCGUCUACUUGACACCACCUCUGGGCUCUUGUGUGAUCGGGAGGCGCAGAUAAGCGUCUUCAAAACGAGCACAGAAUAUAAAGAGCUCGUUUCAUCGACAAUAAGGCAUACAGACCUCCAAAUGGAGCGCAUCGCAGAAGUGGUGGCGACAUACUUCCGUUGUGUCAUGCUCUCACACCGGUGGGAAGAGAAGGAGCCACAGCUGGAAGACCUACAGGAUAAAGUUGUGUACGAGUUGGAGGCAGUUGGAGGCAUUGUGAAAUUGCAGUCAUUCUGCAGAAUUGCUCGCGAAGCGCAUUAUCGCUGGGCAUGGAUGGAUACGUGCUGCAUCGACAAGAACAACAAUACUGAGCUCCAAAAUUCGCUCAACUCCAUGUUUAUCUGGUAUCGCCACUCAGCGCUUACGAUUGUCUACUUGUCGGAUGUUCCGCCUUCGUCCAAGGCUGGUGCAUUGGCAAAGAGUGCUUGGAACAGGCGAGGGUGGACAGUUCAAGAAUUCCUGGCUCCCAAAGUCAUUCUCUUUUAUCAGAGCAACUGGACUCCAUAUCUCAACGAUCACUCUCCCAAUCACAAGGAGUCCACUGCGAUCAUGCAGGAGUUGGAGGAUGCGACGGGAAUAGAUGCACAGACCCUCACUGCCUUCCGUCCAGGGAUGACAGGCGCCCGAGAGAAAUUGCGAUGGGCGUCGACACGUAACACCACUUUACCAGAAGAUGUUGCGUAUUCAUUGUUCGGCAUUUUCGACAUCCACCUACCUGUGAUCUAUGGCGAGACAAAACAAAAAGCACUCGGGCGACUUUUGCAGGAGAUCGUGGCUCAGUCAGGUGACAUCACUGCCCUGGACUGGGUCGGAGAAUCAUCGCAGUUCAAUAGUUGUCUACCGGCCAGCAUCACGUCGUACGAAGCUGCGGCAUGCAAGCUAUCAUCUCCGUCUGAAGAUGAAAUUCAGACAUUAAUCUCCAUGCUGCGAAAUAACGUGACUGCAGAUUCGGCUUCGAAACUCUAUACCCUGCUUAGCAAUCUGAGCACUCCUCGUUUCGCGCAUCAUCGGCUAGACCUGCCUUGCAUAGUAUUCCCUGUUACAGAAGUUAAACGGAGCCAGGCUCGAGACCAACAGUCAUAUGAAAUAAAAGCAGAUGGGCUGCAUGAUCUCUUCAUCAAAACAAGGGAGACACUUAUUCCCUUUUCACCGGCACGAUCCAUCCAGAAGAAAAUCUUCCUGGUCCGUCCGUGGAAUCAUCUUCUCCUAGAUGAUAUGCAGAGCGUUAAAGAUGGGCUCGUUCCCCAGUCCGCUUCACAGAACGAAAAGGGGCCGGUUGAUGUGGACUCUUACUCACGAGAUUUGCGAUUGAUUGUUCGCCUUGGGCAGCAGUUCAGUGCAUUUUUGCUAAUGCAGCAACGUGGCGGAGGAUAUAAGAGGAUCGCAUCGGAUCAGGAUAUCAUUGCACAAGUUAAAGACAUAACUUCUAUGCAUAACACGAUGGACAUUAGGUCACUAGAGAUAUUGUAGCGACCAGUGUAUCGUAACAUUUCGAAGAGCAAAAAGCUGCAGGUUUUCAAGCAUCGUCA